AUGUCAACAGAUUCUUCUGCUAUGUACCCAAUGUAUGUGCCACCGUAUGCAAUGACAAGCACACCUCCGCUAUCAAUGCGGGAUCCACGACGGUUUCAAGGCAUUCCUGGUUUACAAGCUCCUCCUCCAUAUCCACCACCACCUAGUUAUAGUCAAAUCCAGAACUUCCCGGAGUUACCAACAGUCAGCAAUGCUCGAUUGGAUAGUCGAACACCUUCAAGAGGCGGGAAAAAAUCUGAAAUCACGCCGGUGGAGUAA